CGCGCCUCGCACACUGAGGUACGUUGCAAAUGCUGUCCCACCCGAGUCGCGUCCGGACGCUGUCGCGACACGGCGACAUGGCGAGCCGUCGUGCUUGCCCAUUGAGGUGUGCCCUGAGAAGCAGACCACGGCCCCCGUAUUUUGGUAGUUAUUGGAGGCGGGGGGAGAGGCAGGACUUAUUUACCCGGUGUCGGUCGCGACUGUCGCCUGACGAGCCGUGACAGUGGCCUCUGCGUGCGGGAAGAAGUGGCCUGAGGGGAUGAGAAAAACUGAGCACGUCUGAGUCGUUGUGCUUAGAAAAGAGAAGGCUAGUGGGGUGUAACGAUUACUGUCGUCUGCGUGACCUUCUUUUUCCUCCAUCUCUAUAAUCAUGAAACGCCGCCACGCAUCUUCCAGUAAAAUGGGGGAGACCACUGGCGGGGGAUCUGCAAAAAAAAAGUUUAAAUCACAAAAUCGACAAGGGCCUUCCAGCAAAAAAAAGGGAACAGAUGGAGAAGGAAGAAAACAAGGUCAAAAAAGAAAGCAGGUCACUCAGACAGUCAAAAGGAAAGCUAAGGAACAUGGGGACUAUUCCCCUGCAGGAGAAAAAGGUUCUUCAGAAAAGGUGAAGCUAACCAGUGCUAAAAUAGGAUCUUGGCAGACUCUCUCAGAGAGUAGUAGGCAGUUUCUGGAAACUGUAAUGGAUUCAGUAAUACUAUCUGUUUUGUGCCAACAAAGUGAGAGGAAAGAUGAUGUUCAGAAGCACCUCAAUUUACUGAAAGACAGGGUGCUGAGAGUUUUCAAGACUUUAAAGGUACCUCCAGGGAAGCUGAGCAACCUGAAGAAUGUCCCGAGCCUUCAAAUGGCAGAGAAACAAAUGCUUGAGACAAAUGAAGAGUCUUUGGUACAAUUGCAGGAAGAAAUAAAUGAAGCUGAGCGAUCAGCAGAACGCAUUGAAGAAACUAUACAGCAACUGCAGUACAAAAUCCAGGUGCUCAAGAACCAGUUAGAGGAAGAUGAAAAAAAGGCCAGGAAGGUAUUCCAGGAAAACGGCAGUGGAGCACUCCACCUUCCAGAACUCCCCAGGCGCAGCUUCCAGGCACCCACUUUGCAGGAAGAAAUUUUGAAGAUAAAAAAUCAGAAGGGUCUUUUAAAGGAUAUGAACACUAUUCAGCAGUCAGCUGACUUGAAGAACAUGUUAACCCUCAUUGAAAAGACCUAUGCAAAGGUGGACUUCCUUUGAGAAACCGAAAUAUCUUCUUCAAAGGAGACUCCGUAUGACCUAAGCCAGCACUCUGUGUUAAUGUAGAGCAGCAGGGUGCUGAUCAUGGAAACAGCGUUUUCUUCCUAAUGGCUUUACUGUUGUGACUGCUGAAUUUCUGUUAAAACAUUUUCUAUGAAUAUUGGUAUAUAAAUCUGUAGAUGUAUUCUGGGACUCUGGUGAUUUAAGUGAGUGAUCAAGGUUUUUUGCGGGCAGUUUUUUGGAGCUGUGGUGACUUCUAAUAGUGAUAUAUACUGUCUUAGGAGUAAGGGAGGGAAAUGGAUCCUGGGCUUAUUUGGGCAUUUUUAUAGAAUAAGGCAAUCUGUUCCAUUGUAUUUGGAGUUUUAUAUCACGUCUCUAACGGUGAAGGCAGUAUCUCUUACCAAACUAACUUCUCUUUUGGAGUUAAAUUCUCUUUAAACUGGAAACACGUAGUAAAAAUAUGCUUACCUAAUGCUUAGUUGCAAAUCCCCUCUUCAACUUUCUUACCAUUUUUUAAUAAAAAACCUCCAUGGCAGGAAAUUCAAUAAUUUUUAUCAAAUUUUUUUUACAUUUUCAUAUUCACUGCUUAAAAAAAAAAAAAGACAUUUACACCUGGUUUAUCCAGAUGGUUGAGGAAAGCUAGUGAAAACAUUAUAGAGCAAAGCUCUAAUCUCAGAGUUGUGUACUCACCUUAUAUUUCGUUAGCUGCCAGAUAUUCUUCAGCUUUAGAGAAAGGAAAAUAGACUUUUGACUUAAUUUCCUAUGUACUUUAAUCUCCCCUCUAUUUUUUCCAUGAUAGAGCCUUCUCCCUUAAAAGAUUCAGGUAUUAUAAAGUGCUUUCUACAGUCAAAUUAUAGGCUAGAAGACAGCAGCGCUCUUUACAUUGACUUACCACACAAACAGUUGUUCUUUUGUUUACAAGCUGCUGGUACUCUUAAUGAGACAUGAGCUAAUUAUUCUCCUAUGAGAGGUUAAAAGCCUCUCUGUAGUUGCUACACGUAGGAUCAGGAAAACUAGACUAAGUACUUGCUUGCUUUGUACUGAAUCACAUGAAAAAGUGUUAAAAUAUGUAGAAAUAUUUCUCAAAUUUUUGGUCACUCGACGAGGGGAGUGGUCACUUACUGACAUAACCACUACCCCAAAGUAAUUUAAUCCAGCUUAUGGGUUAAUGAUUUUCCUGCAUGCCAGCUAGCUUAAUUUUUGUUAAGUUAGGAUACGCUCCUUUGCUUUCAUUAAGGGUGACUUACUUGCCAGCAAUUUACUAUGUGGGUUUUGAACUUCGUCAACCACAUAGAUACCUGAAGAAGGAAAUAAUAAAGAUGUAAGGUGUUUCAUGAAAGCAUUGAGUAGGGAUUGGUUACUCGCUGCUUUUUUACAACGUAGGAAUGAGGGAAUAGCCAGUUUGGUGGCUAGACAGCAAGUUCUUUAAGUAAGGUACUCUGUGUAACAGUGCUGGAAGAUUCUGUGCAAGCACAAGUGUACAAAUAGAUGUGAAAAAGGAGUAAACAAAUCUCUGAAGUGUGUGUCCAUCAGAGGCAAUUAAAUGGCUUGGACAAAGUUGAACAUCAUUGAUGUACUUUUAAUCAUAGAUGCUGGCACUGAAAGAC